UUGAUUGACAAGGAAAUGAGUGUUUUGCCGUAAAUUUUUUACAAAUAUUAGAUAAUAAAUACAAUAACACGUCAUGUAGACUAAACGACGUACGUCCCAUAAUAACCUGGUAGAUACAGUGGAUGGUCUACUAAAACCAAAGACUAGUUGGACCAUAUCAACAAUCGUCGACCGACAACUUUACUGUCCUUUUAAAUACAGGACUAAUAGAUGAUUUACACAUUUAUUUACAUGAUAAGCCGUUAUUAAGAGAAAUGGAUACUACAAAGAGGCAUGCCACCGCUGCCCAAGUGUCAGCACUGAUGGACUACAUGCAAGAACAUUCAGAAGUGGCCAAGGGCAUGAGUUCAGGGCUUGAGCGAGAAGACAUAGAGGCUCAGUGGCGAGACCUCACUUCAAUGCUUAACUCUAUGGGCGGCGCUGUUAAAUCUACGGAAAAAUGGAAACAGACCUGGAGAGACCUGAAAUCGAACACAAAGAAGCGGGCCCUCAAACAGCAGCAUUCUUUGUGUGAUACUAGUGUAGGACCUAGUUCAGAUAACUUGCAUGCUGAUGGUCAGAACAGUGAUGGUGAUUACAUGCCUCCAAAGAAAAGAUUUGCUUCAUUUGAUGAAGAAAUUCUGAGGAUAGAAAGAGAUAAGUUGGAAGUGGAAAGGGAAUAUAAGGUACAGAAGAUAGAAGUCCUUUCAAGGAUAGCCAGCGCGUUAGAAGAAUUAGCUAGAAAGAAAUGAGUUCAACCAGCUGCAGCAUGAUUUGGAAAAUGUUAGUAUUGUUGUACACAAUAUUAGUUAUGAAGGCCUUUUUAUUAGGUCUACGAUUUUAAAGUGCUAAAGGAAAAUGGACGCAUAAAUAUUCUUGUAAAAAGGCUUGAUGUGUUAAAAGGUGUAAGGCUGUUUACAAUUUGAUUAGUGUUUAUUGAAACUUCAUACAUUGUCUACUUGCAUUUAGUGGCAAAUGUAUGAACCCGCAAUAAACACUAAUUAAUGUGUAAAUUGGCCCCAAUGUGAAGGCCAGCUACACUUAACCUGCAGCCACACUUACUGUCCGCGCGCCAAUUCCGUGCAUUCGGAGGUCGAGGAAGUGGGAGGGUGCAUGUGCGCCGCGCCCGUACGUCAAAAUGACACCACUCUGUCAUGACGCCCAACAUUCCUAACAUUCCUCAUCCGUGCACCAAAUUCGCGCGCGGACAGUACCUGUUUUGACCUUAUGUAGAUGUGACAUUCAGGCUACUGUCUAAGUUUAAUUGAGGUUUUUUGUGAGUGAAAAUGAAAUGAGUGUAUGUUAUGUCUGUUAUGGUUGACUAUGGUGUGGUUGAAGGCUUACCUAUCAGUGUAUAAUUAUUUUUUGUUAUAUGUGAAAUAAGUAUAUUUUUAAACAAGACUUUGUUUUGAACUAAGCUAUAUCUUACUAGAAAACCACCACGCAUAAGAUUGAUUCAUAAGAGCUGGCACGAAAUUUGUACUGAACUCUUAAAAUUCUCAUAAAUCCGCGCUAACUUUCAGGAACUUGCAACACCUUUAAUUUCAGUUUCUGAAAAAUUACUUCUUCUAGAUGAUACAUAUCUGUUCACUGAAUGUUAAAGAAAAUAGUGGUCAAAUUUAUUUUAGAAAUCUCUGGGACUACUAAGAUUAAGUACCCACCCUCUUUUUUUUAAUUUUAAAACUAAGCGUCCUACCUCUUCGGACGAUUUCAUAUAAAAUUAUGUAUAAUAUCAUUUUAUUAUUUAUCAAAACAUAUUUAAGAUUAAUGCGUUUGUACAUGUAGGUACUUUUGUUUGUCCUAUGUUAUAGUAGGGUUUGUCUGAAAACCAAAAUAAAUAAUUAAGAAUUGAAAACUAAUAAUGUUUUAAUGCGUGUGGGUCUCGUGCAAACACAAUCCUCAGGUAUCAUCGCAGGUUAAACCAAAGAGUUAACUAGUUAGAUAGUGGGAGAUGUGUAAAGGUUAUAGCUUAAAUGUCCACAAACAUAUUCACACAAAUCGUGAAUGAGUCUUCUUUGGAUUUUUUCUUUAUACCUAUUUAAAAGCGUUCUGGUAAGAUUGCAAAUCUUCAACUCAAAACAGACUAAGUAUAACGUGAAACCAAAUCGUACAAAGAACAAGUAUAAGCCAAUAUUACUCCCAAUAGAGUUAUUUUUUUAUCAUGUCAAUAAGCGAACCAAGGAGGUUAUGUAAAGACGAACAUUUCUGUUCUUAAAUGACUCUUCUUCUUUCAUCCUCACGUCAAAAAUUGACAAGAGCACAAGAAUAAUAAAAAAACGGAUGUUGUUAAAAUUAUAGUCAUAACAUAAAUUAUAAGCAUUUAAGAUUAUACAAUGGUUUUAUUACCUGAAUAAAGAAACAUUCAAUUCAUUAAAAACUCCAGCGUUAUAUAACCCAUACAUCAGUUUUGUUAUCAAAGCGACUUAUUUUCGUAAUCGACAUGAUCGACAUCUAGCGUUAAGUAGCGGAAUUAUCAGUACUGCUACUCGACAAUAGAUGUCGCGACGAAUACAUUAAUAUUGCGGUAUGUGGUUGAUCGACUGAAUUCAUUGUACUCUGUUCUGUAGUUAGCAAUGUAUCGAAUAUUGCAUGCAAGUUCUUGAAACGCUUAAUCUGAUUUUAAUGGCAAUUGCUUCAGUAAAAUCUAGUUACAUAAAGGGCUUCUAUCACAUUCUAAAGAAGCCGGUAGACGGGCAUAUAUGGUUGGUAAAACCAAAUUGUCAGUAAAUAAGAACAAAAAUAAAACUAUCAUCCUUUUCUUUUGGGUGCUAGUAGGUACUAGUGUAAGACAAAAAUAGUAUGAUUCUCUCUGUCUAUGUUUGAAAU